UGAGAGAAGGUAAAGAGCAAAUCAAAGGUGAGACAUCGCAGCUACUCUAUGAGGGAGUAGCAGACUGAUUGACCAUAACAAGUCGUUAGCUAGCGAUGAGAAAAUCCAAGAUGGAUUCCAAAUCCCGUAGGUUGCCAUCAUCGCUAUCCUCUGAUUCAUCAUUCUCCUCUUCCUCGUCCUUGGGUUCCAGUCGACUUUAUGGCAGAAGCAGUGUGCUGGGCAGUGACCGAUACACAAGGAUGUCCUCCAUUAAACUGGACACGGAACACCAGAGUUCCAGGUUUCAGAGCACGUCCAGAGACUACGGUGUCCCGGAGAGCCGGCACUCCAGCUGGAAGCUGGCCUCCACCCCGGUGUCAUGUGACCGCUCCUGGGCCGACUCCUCUGUCGGAAGCAGGAGCAAGCUGUUUAAUUCUCAGGGGGACUCUGAAAGGCGGUUGGGGACGUACUCGGGGCUUCUCAGCGCGACGCAGGAUGGGGACUCCAAAAGGCCCAAGCUGUCCUAUACCAGCAGAGCGUCGCAGUCCGCUAACUCCUCUUCGCCAGCAGUGGGCAGCACCAGCUCCCGCCUCAGCAGCGUCUCAGAUUAUUCAUGGAAGCCGUACAGCCCCCUGUCCAGAUCUUCGGUUUCCUCUUCAUCGUCCUCGGAGGGGCUUCGUUCUCACAGGGACCUGGAGGACAGGAGCGAGACGCCUCUCUCUAGCCACAGGAGCACCGGGCUGUCCUCUCUGUAUCGGCCGGACCGCCUGACGUCGUCGUACGCACAGGGGGCGCGGCCCAAGGACACCCUGCAGUCCUCCGGCCGCCUCAGCGCCUCCCUCAGCCGCCGCCCGCCCUCAGACUACCACCCCUCCCUGCUGGCCCGCGACUCCUGCAGGAGCGCCUCCCGGACUCCGGGCUCCGCCCCCCCGAGGGCGUCGGAGUCGCCGGCCGGCUCCCUGGGCCCCGAGCCGCGGGGCGGCGGCUCCUCCUCUCGCCCCUGCUCCUGGUACGUGCCCCUGUCGGAGCGGAACGCCCCCGCGACCCCUCCCCCUCCCGCCCCCAGGCCGGCGGCGGACGCCGGCGACUCGGACGGCCGGCGCACCACCAGGCAGCUGCUGUCCCGGCUGGCCAACAGCAUGUCCUCCAGCCUGUUCUCCAGGAGGUCCAGCCAGGACUCCCCCGGCUCGGCGCCCAGGUCCGUCGAGUCCUCGGACGCCUCCCCCGACCUCCGGAGGGAGGAGAGCUCCUCGCAGAGCGCCGACAGCAGCGGGAACAGCAGCCCCGACGGCUCGGACCGGAGGGGGGGCUCGGACGGCUUCGCCUUCCUCCGGCGGCGGCGGCGGCAGCAGCAGGGCCUGGCCCCGGUGCUGGAGACGCGCGGCGGCGAGCCGGACCCGGACCCCGGGCGAGCCCCCGCCGCCUGGCUCUCGUCCUCGCUGCGGAGCCGCUGCCCGCCCCUCUUCUCCCGCCGCCGCAGGGAGGGCCGGGACGAGACCGCCCGCAUGGCAACGGUCUCCAGGGACGCCCGCCGGGGCGCCAAGCCCCCGCUGGGGGGCGGGGGCGCCGCGGAAACCGAGGCCGCCGACGGGGACCGGGACGAGGACGACGGGCGGGAGGAGGAGGAGGAGGACGACGAGGGCGAAGGGGCCGGAGCCGCGGGUCCCCUGGGGGCCACGGCCUCCGGCGUCUCGGGCCCCAUCGCCGGUCGGGCCGCCCGAAGGCUGGCCGGAGUCUCCCCGAACUCCCUCUUCCGCAUCUCUGUGCCCCCGUCCCUGGAGAGCUCCCUGCCCGAGAACGUCAUGAUCACGGUGGACAUCAUGGCCGCCGGGAGGGCGGGCGACAGGCAGGAGAAGGAGAAGCCGACCUCCUCCAGGGACCCCGAGAAACUCAGGAAAAUCCAGGAGAGCCUCCUGUUGGAGGAGUCGGACGAGGACGAGGCCGACCUGUGCAGGAUCUGCCAGAUGAGGGAGGAGUCCCCCGCCAACCCCCUGCUGGAGCCCUGCAGGUGCACCGGCAGCCUGCAGUACGUGCACCAGGACUGCAUGAAGAAGUGGCUCCGCUCCAAGAUCCGCUCCGGUUCUAACCUGGACGCCGUCACCACGUGCGAGCUGUGCAAGGAGAAGCUGCACCUCAACAUCGACAACUUCGACAUCAACGAGCUGUACAGGACACACGAGAGGUCUGAGUACGAGUUCAUCAGCUGCGGCCUGUACCUGGUGGUGCUGCUCCACCUGUGCGAGCAGAGGUUCUCAGACGUGCUAGGAGCAGCCACCGACGCAGGGUUUUUCAACCUGGCGAGAACUCUUCAUCAGAUGGACGAUCUCGAAAGCUCCUACGGGGAGUCCGAGGAAGACGCGGCGCAGGACAGCCGACCCUCCAUCGAUUUCUCCGACUUGGAGGACGGCGACGACGAAGAGGAGUAUUAAAGAUGGCGGAAGUCACCGUUUCCCCGCGAACGCAUGGCCAGACGCUGUGCCUUUGAGGAUGUCUCUGGCCCGAGAGAAAAUGGAAACCAACCGCAAAUACGUAUGACAAAAAAAAACAAAACAAAAAAACACUUGCCUUAAGGGUUGUUUUUCCGAUGUAUAAAUUUCUCACAGGGAAUGGUUUUCGUUUUCAGUUUUUGUGUCAUCGAAUGCUCGUGCAUAUUGGGUCAACUCGUUGGACUUUUAUACCAUAAGUGCUUUAAACGAUUACAAGAUAAAAGCCGGACCCACUGGAGUAAAUUGGUGCGGUGGGGGUUGAGUAGGCUCUGUGCACUUGCACAGUCUUAUUCUCGUGACGUUUCGGGCGACGCAAAUGGCACACUGCUUAUUUGAUGUUUCCGUCUGCACUGGAGAGGGGGAAGGCUUUCUGAGAUGAAACUGGAGUGGGUACUCCGUUCCCCCCUUUUAAAAUGCAGAGGUUUUUUUUUUUUUGCUUUGAACACGAUCAUAUGUGCAAUUGAGAAAAAAUUAAAAGAAUUGGGAUGUUUAAGACUUCUGUCAAAUCAUAUCACCUGUGUUUAUGUUGCAUUCUCAAUGUGUUGCUUGGCCUACAAAGUUGUUUUCCUGUUUUAAUUAUAAUAAAGAUUUUGAUGUACAGUC